AUGGCAGGACAAUAUUCAGAUGACGAAUCUUACGAUGACUAUAGUAACACUUACUCCGAGUCCACCCGAGAGUAUUCAGAUGACGAAUCUUAUGGUGACCGUGGUAUCAGUUAUUCAAAGUCCUACACGCCAGAAUAUUCAGACGACGAAUCUUAUGACAACUACGUCGAAUCCAAGGCUAACAGCGGAGAAUACUCAGAUGAUGAUUCGUAUGCUCUUGGUGACUACGGCACCACCUACUCAGGAUCCAAGGCUGGAAGUCAGGUGAGUGUGCAUCAAGACACGUACCGAGUAAGAAAUGAGCACAAACAGAGCGGGAGCUAUGAGCGCUUCACUGCGAAAGACAAGACGGUGCGUGGCGAACCCUUUGUGGAUAGGUAUGGUAACCGUGGUUACAAGAAUGAGCACACCACGACUUCAAAUUACAAAGUCGGGGAUAAACGGGGCUAUACUGAGUACCAGCGAGAGGACAAGGUGAAGCAUGUUGAUUUUAACAAAAGCAGCUAUAGCAACAACAACAAAGCUGUGAGGUCCUACUCAAAAUAUCGCAAGUAUUAG